CUGAGAGCGAAAAAAAGCAGGGUUGAAGUUUUUGGCCAGGCUGAGAUUUCCUCCAUCACAGAGGCUUAAAGUGUCGGCUGCGCGCUGCCGAGCAGUCAGCGGGGACAUUUGCAGCGUUUUUCCGUCUCUAGAAGGAGGUUGUUCGCUGAGGAGAGAUCGUUAUCGUCCGUCUUAUUGGUGCUUAAUGGAAACGCGCAAUUAUAAAAAAUGGUUGCAUUUGGAGAAUAUCCGUGAAUGUGAUCGUCUCCUUCCGACAUCGGUGCGUCAGAGGAGACACCUCAGCUAGCUGGACUCCGGGUUGGGUGUGAAGUGCUCACAGUGCACCGUGUGCUGCUGGAGUGAAGGUGACUUGUCGAGGCAAUGCGGAGAGGAGUCGCAGGCGCUCAUCCGGUACUUGUGCUGCGCUCUGAGGCUCGUCUGGGAACAUAUUUGCUCCGUCUCCCACACUAAAAAGGGGAGGAACGUGAGAGAUAGACAGAGCAACAACAAUAACCGAGCUUCUACGGCAGCCAGUAGUUGGCGAAGGUGAAUUGAGAGCAAGCGGAGGAGAGAAUAAGGUGAACAGUGAGGUGUAAGGUGGUGAGGCAGGGAGACGGAAAGUGGUGGAGUUUAAAGGGGGAAAAUAAGACAGAAGCGUUCUGUUUUAGGGCUGUUUUAUUAGUGGAUGUGUAUGCAUGAGUUCUGCAUCGAAUGGGCGCAAAAACCGCCCCAGAUCUGCCGGGAACAUCUUCCAGAUCGGCAAACCUCCGUACCGAGACCCACAGAGGAGGGAGAGCACCGAGAGUACCCGCAAAGCCCAGCGCGCCGUGGCCGACUGCAGAAUGAUCGUCCAAGAGUUCAACACACUCGUGGCUCUGUACCGUGAGCUGGUCAUCUCCAUCGGUGAAAUCACUGUGGACUGUCCUUCUUUAAGGGCUGAAAUGUUGAAGACCAGAACCAAAGGCUGUGAAAUGGCACGAGCGGCUCACCACAGUCUGUCCUUGAUAUCGGGGCCAGAGGAUGGGGAGAUCCACCCUGAGAUCUGCAGGCUCUUCAUCCAGCUGCAGUGCUGUCUGGAGAUGUACAUCACUGAGAUGCUCAAAUCUGUCUGCCUGCUGGGCUCCCUGCAGCUCCACAGGAAAGGUAAGGAAUCCUGUGGCCCUCCUCCUCCCACUGGAGUCGACAACAAGACUGAGGACAGCUCAGACAUCCCGAUCCUGGAGGACACCUCUUCCUCCCCCACGGACUGUCCUCAGCUCUGCUGGCUGGUGGCCACUGACAUAGAAAACAUAGAAAAGGAUAUGAGAGAGAUGAAGAACCUUCUCAGUAAACUCAGGGAGACAAUGCCUUUACCAUUGAAGAACCAAGAUGACAGCAGUUUGCUGAACCUGACUCCCUACCCGCUGGUCCGACAGAGGAAGAGGCGGUUCUUCGGGCUCUGUUGCCUGGUAACCAGCUAAGGGCCCCGCCUUCGUGGGUAGGAGGCGGCAACAAAGACACCAUUCCCCACCGUCCUUCACCACUUGUGUCUCCCACCGAUCUAUUACUGCCAUUUUCCAAAUGAAUCGUCUCUUUCUCCCUUUUUUUUAAAAGCUGCCCAUUUUCUAAUUUUAUUUUGUAAUACAAAUAAGAAUUGUAACUGCGAUAAACUGAAAACAAAAGUCAUGAGCAUAUAUUUUAAAAUAUUUUCAAACAAAUCUCGGUAAAGAAGUCAAAUAUCUGCUCGUCAGAUGCAAAAGAGAAUGAGAGAUCAUUUAAAAAAAAAAAAAAAGUCAAUGGUUGAUUUCUUCCACAAACUCUGAGUGAAUGAAUUGAGGAUUCGUGUUUUAAAAAGGGAAGAUAUUGUCUGUUUUUGUCAGAAACAAUGUGAUAACUUACAAAUAGACGCUGUUUGAAUGUUGGCAGAUGGCACCUGCAAAGGCAAAGUUAUACAUUCAUCCAUCCACACUGAGAUGACAGGUUUGUGCAGAGUAAGUCUGUUGUGUAUUACAGUCUUUGUUUCUUGCUGUUUUUUCUUCUUAAUGUACUUAAUUUAGUCUUCCAUAAACCAAGAACCUGUACCCAACUUUCCAGCUUCAAAAUGGAAUAUAUGAUACAAUACUCCAAAAGAAUACUUCUUUGCACACAAUAUCUAUCUAUUAAUUCAGACAUUAGACCUGUAUAUACACAUACUCUUUACGCAAUGCUCUCUGAAUUAUUUUCAAAGUUGGUUUUGCAGAGGAGCUGUUGGUUUGUUUAAGCAGGAUGGCUCUCUGUCUAUUUGAGCUGCACUGUGCGGACACAGGGAGGCAGCAUGGGUAUGCUUAUUGAUGAUAGUGAUUGAUGUUUAGGGCAAG